AUGACCAAAAAAAUUUCCAAGGUAAUUCCACGCAACAUUCUCAGAGUUAUCUAUGCGAGUCCACUCAAAGGGCAUAAACAUGAAACAGACUUCACAUUAGAUCUUUCAUACGUGACAGAGAGGAUUAUUGUAUGCUCCUACCCGGUUUUGAAAUUUCCGAAAUUGAUGUACAGAAACAACUUGGAGGAACUGAUUACGUUUCUCAAUAUGCAUCAUGGUGUAAGCAAUUGGAAAAUUUUCAAUUUCAAAGCUGAAGUGGGCCGUUCAGACUAUGCAGAUGAAGAGGUGGCCGAGAUAGCUAGUAAAUUUUAUCAGGGAGACUCAGCUAGGCUCGUCACUGAUCUUAGUGACGAGCAGCCGGAGCAGCUUGUUUGCAGACAUGGCUGGAUGGAUCACUGCCCACCGCCGUUUCUACUCCUUCAGAGGAUUGUGGAUGAGAUGCACCAGCACUUGUCUCGCUCCCAAUCUGCCGUGGCAGUACUGCAUUGCAGAGUAGGGAAGGGUCGUUCUGGAACGAUUGCCAUUGCUUAUCUCAUGAAGUACCUAGAGUGUCCGCUGCCGGAGGCACGAGAUAUAUUCAUGCAUAACAGGUUCAAACGGGGAAUUACUCGCGGGGUGGUUAUUUCGUCGCAGUUGCGCUAUCUGAGGUACCACGAGCUCUUUCUCUCCUACGAUUUUGACCUAAGGAAUAACUUUCUGCGUGACUGCGCAAACGCUCGGUUUAAAUUGAAAUCUAUACAUUUGGAGCAGCCCUCAGGUAUCAUCAUUUCUAACUAUUGCGUUGCGUACAUAAAGAUUCAGAAAUAUAAUGAUGACAGAGACGGCCUGGUGGAUCUGGCGAGCCUGGAGACCGAUGAUGACCUGCUUGGCCAGCCGAUGGGAAAGGGACUCACCAUGUGCCUACCAUUAGACACGGAUGCCAACGACAUCCGUUUAGAAUUCGGUAUCACCUCAAAGACAUCCCACAUGGUGAGCAGUCUCACCUCUUUAGCGUCGCGGUCUCAUUGCUGGUUCAAUCUCUAUUGGGAGACGUUCAAGUGCAGCAAUUAUAAUGGCGACAUGGCGUAUCUCUCUUUAGAUGAGCUGCGUAACUAUCAGAACGACGAUCGCGCCUUUCAUCUUCAAUUGAAAUGGAACGAGCUUGACGGCGCCAUGGGCACCGCCAACCGCGGAUUAAAACUUUUUGAAUCUUUGAUUAUUAAGUGGUCUUUGGCUUAA